UACCUUUCCCGGCGGCCUUUGCGCGGGGAGCAGGCUCCGCCCCCGCCAUGUGGCCUUUCUCUGCAGUCUCCUUCUGGGUCGGAAGACGAGAUGCCUAAAGUCAAGGCGGGACCCCGUUCUGGGCAGCGGAGGCGAGAAGGGAAAGGACCAGUAUCUGGCAUCAGGUUCAACACAGGAUUGGGUCAACACAUCUUGAAAAAUCCUCUGAUUGUCAACAGCAUUAUAGAAAAGGCUUCCUUGUAUCCUACAGAUGUUGUUCUGGAGGUUGGGCCUGGCACUGGUAACAUGACAGUAAAAAUGUUGGAAAAGGUGAAAAAGGUAGUUGCUUGUGAGGUUGACAUAAAACUUGCUGGUGAACUUCAGAAGAGAGUGCAGGGCACGCCUUUGGCUAACAAACUUGAAAUAAAGAUUGGAGAUGUACUGAAAAGUGACCUACCAUUUUUUGAUGCUUGUGUUGCUAAUUUACCUUAUAAAAUUUCUUCACCCUUUGUUUUUAAGCUAUUGUUGCACCGGCCUUUCUUUCGGUGUGCAGUACUAAUGUUCCAAAGAGAAUUUGCUCUUCGUUUGGUUGCAAAACCUGGCUCUCCUCUGUAUUGCAGGCUCUCUGUUAAUACUCAGUUAUUAGCUCGUGUUGACCAUCUGAUGAAAGUUGGAAAAAACAAUUUUAAGCCACCACCCAAAGUUGAAUCCAGUGUUGUGAGGAUAGAACCAAAGAACCCUCCACCGCCAAUCAACUUUCAGGAAUGGGAUGGCCUGCUAAGGAUAGUCUUUGUCAGGAAAAACAAGACACUCGCUGCAGUUUUUAAUUCAAAUGCUGUGAAACAGUUGUUGGAACAAAAUUACCGAAUUCAUUGUUCACAGAAUAAUUUGGAAAUUCCUGAAAAUUUCAACAUUGGAAAUCUCAUUCACGAAAUACUAAAAGACACUGGUUACUCAGACAAACGUGCACGAGUAAUGGAUAUUGAUGAUUUCAUCAGUGUCCUGCAUGGCUUCAAUUCAAAAGGCAUCCACUUUUCCUGAAAGGAAGAAUGAAAUCGAAGAUGAUUAAGAGAAUAAUGUUUUAUAAACAAAAUAGCGCUAUAAUUUCAUUCAUAAAGAAUGAGAGGUUGAUAUUUACAGUGAAUAUUCAUUGUUGGAUGGCAAGAGGAGCAAACCAUUUACUUGUGUUAUUCUUCAUGUACCAGCCAACAGGCACAUGGGGCAUAACCUCUAAGUGGAUUGUUUUUUGUGGGUUUUUCGGGCUAUGUGGCCAUGUUCUAUAAGAGUUUAUUCCUGAUGUUUCGCCAGCAUCUGUGGAUUGUUCUGCUCUACCAUCCAGAGAAUAUAAAUUAUUCUGACCUUGCACAUUCAGAUGUUUAAAAUAACCAGAUUAUGUGAAACAGAUUCCUGAUCAUAAAAAUCAGCUAUUGUCACACUUCUUUCAGAGCAAGGUGGGGAAUGACAAUCCCUCCCAAUGUAGUUGGACUGCAAUUGCCAUUAUCCCUCACCAUUGGCAGAGCUGGCUAGGCCUGAAGGUAAUUGCUGUCCAACCACAUCUGGAGGGCCACAUGUUCUUCACCCCUGAUUUAGAAGAACUGAUGGAGAGUACAUACCUCAAAAAGCCUUGUUCAGCCUCUUUUGAAAUGUCACUUUUUGGUUGCCUUGUUUUAUAUUUAAUAUUAUUAAAUAUUAACAUUUGUUCUAUGA